AUGUCUAGUGAUGAGCAAAAAUAUGAUGAUAUUCCAAGGGAUGUUAUAAACAAAAGAAUUCAAUUUGAGGAUCAAUUAGCAACAAUUCAUUAUGUUUGCCCUGUCCCACCUACAAAAGGUAUAUGGUAUGGUGUUGAAUGGGACAAUAUUUCAAGAGGAAAACAUGAUGGUUUACAAAAAGAUUUGGAUACAAUUUAUUGGGCUGGUAAUACAAAAAUAGAGGUUGAGGCUAUAGGAUGGGAAAAGAUUUGUAGAAAACAAAGGCAAUUGGAUAGAUUGACAGAAGUAGGUUUAUCUUUUGAACGAAUUUCAAAUGCAGGAAAGCCUGGAGAAAUCGAAACAACUUGUCCAAGUUUUAACUAUAUUAAAAAUUUUGGAGAUAUUGAUGGUGAAAAGGAAAACCAGAUAAAAAAAAGCAAGAUAAAAGGGUUUUCCAAAUUAAAAACACUAAAUCUUGAAUCUAAUAUUAUUGAUAGUUGGGAUGAAAUUGCUAGAUUUUCAGGAUUACCACAUAAUAAUUUAAUAAACAAUAUUUAUUAUCCUAAAGGAGUUGAUAAUCAAGAGUUUCCAAAAUUAAAAUAUUUAAAUGUUAGUGAAAAUAAAAUCAAUGAUUGGCAAAAUGUUAAUGAACUUAAUAGCACUUAUUUUUGUAUCUAUAAUAUAGAUAUAAAAGCCGAUGAAGCAUAUAUUCUAAUUGUUGGUAGAAUUAAAGAAUUAAAAAUGAUGGAUGGAAGUCUGAUAUCAUCUAAUGAUAGAAUUGAUACUGAAAGAUAUUAUUUGAGAUUAUGCAUCAAGGAUUUGAAAUCGCCUGAUGAAAUAGAGAAACACCAUCCUAGAUUUAAAGAAUUAUGUGAAAUUCAUGGUGAACCUACUUUUGAUGAUAGAAGUUUAAAAGCAACUACUUUGACUAUUACCCAUAGAAAAUCUCUUGAUGAAGAGCCAAUUAAAAUAAUAUCAAAAAAACUUUUAGGAACUUUAACUUUGAGAAAUUUAAAAAAUAUAUUUCAAAAAUCAUUUGGAAUACCAGCAUCACAACAAAGAUUAUAUGGAGUUAUUAAAGAUGAGACUGUAAAAGGCACUUCAAUAUCAAAAAAAUUUGAAAAUUAG